AUGCAAAACACAAAGCCACCAUCAGGCGCACGGAGGGUUAGAGCCUUCUCCCACAAGACUCGUACAGGCUGUAUCACCUGCAAGAAAAGACGGAAGAAAUGCGACGAGACUGAACCCGCAUGCCAAAGAUGCACUGUAGCCGGCUUCGUCUGCGAUGGCUACGCAUCUGCGCCUCUCAAAAAAUGGCAGACCUCGAACGCGCCGGUACUGGCAGCAAAGCCCAACCAAACUGCUUGCUCUUCAAGGGGACCCUUGAUCAUCAAUCUUCCCAGAACGUUGUUGGUACCAGGCCAUCCCCUGGAAGCCUACUACUACACUCACUUCUUCACCAACACAAUCCACGACAUGGAGAUAUCUGAAUCUUUGAAUAAGAGCUUCUGGCAAAAGGCCUUCCAGGGCCCUAGCCAAAACAUCUCGUGUGUACGACAUGCGAUCAUGGCUCUUGGCGCCGUCCAUUGGCAAUUCACAACACGCGGUCACGACAAGCCAUCAAAUCUUGAAGCUUUUACCCUGUCGCACUACAAUGAUGCCAUAUCCGGUCUGAUACACGAAAGGGGCUCCGCUGACGAGUCAGCAGCCGAUCUAGUCACUAUCCUGACAUGUUGCAUUUUGUUUGCCAUACUCGAGAGCGUACGCGGCAACUUCAGUGAAGCGAUUCGGCACAUCAGGUCUGGGACACAACUCAUUGCGAACCACAAACCUAGUACAUACCUACCUAACCAUGAUAUCGAGGAACUGGCAGCCAUGUUCCAUGCCAUUGGCAGCCAAGUCGGGCUCUUCUCCCCGAACCGUAUAUUCGCAGACAUCACGCCAUUCAUGGCCCCGAAAAAGAAGUACAACAAAUCUGCUGGAAAGCUUCGGGAUCUCAUCGAGGCGGAAGAUGUGAUGAACACGUUUGAUGAUGUCGUCACGCACAUCUCGUGGGACUUGGAGCAGGAUCAGGACCAUAACAACUCCGAGUGCGAAAAGCAAUGGGCAAUCUUACGACAACGAUUGAAAGUAUGGGAUAUACAAUUCCGGGCCAUAGUGAAGAACCUAGUAGGCACAGUCGAAUAUGCAGGAAACCUAGAAAGAAUCGUCAAUCUGAAGAUUCAGUACAAACUCUGGGAGUUGCUACUAGCUGAGGAGAGCCCCGUAGUCAACUGCGACAACCAGCCCACUGGCCAACUCGACGCUGUAGAAUGCAGUCUCCUCCUCGACGACCUCGAUAGCCUGUGGAGCAAGUCGAAACAACCACUCUACGGACUCAAAACGGAUCUCAUCACGGCGUUGUUCCAGCUAUACGUUUUCUGCGCUGAUGUGGCAGUGCGGCGGAGGAUUAUUAGUAUGUUGCGGUCGCGGAGGAGGAGAGAGAUUCUUUGGGAUAGUCUGAAGUUGGCUGAUUUUUUGGAGAGGGAUAUGGCUCGGAGGGCAGCUGGAUACCAGACGGAAAUUUGGCCGGAUAUAGGUCCUUCGCCGGAUGAGAGUGCGCUGAUAGUGUUCAGGAAUUAG